ACACUUCAACAAACAUCUGACUACUGAAUUUUAAUAUUUUAGGCGGAAAACGGUUUGUCGUACUAUCGUCCUCUGUUGUCGCUCCGGAUUUCUGCAAAAACUAUUUACGAAUUUUGUUAGUUUUUAUGUAUUUAUGCAAUUUAGUUUAAGCUAUAUAUUGUUGGUCAGAUCUUCUCUCGCCGGUCUCCAUGGAAGUAACUCAGCGACGCAGGGUCACCAAGGUGGCCAGUGGUAGCCUGCUGGAGCUAUACCCCCACGACUUGCAGUUGUACGUCUUACCGCCAACGUGCAACAUCUCGCUGGCCGAGUUUGAGACCCUGGCCUUGGACCGGCUGAAGGUUCUGCGGAUCAUCGAGCAAGUUGGCAUCAAGGAGCAAGUGAAGAAUCUUGAGGAUAAGAAGAAUGCUGUUGUAGCAGAACUGAAGAAAAGUGGCUUGAAAUCAUUUGCCAGAUUGAUGACGGGGCCGGGCACCGGCUGCUCGGACGCAGAGCUGCAGGCCCGCAAGCAGGACCACAUCUCCCACUUCAUCCUGCGGCUGGCAUACUGCCGCUCCCAAGAGCUGCGGCGCUGGUUCCUCUCCAAGGAGCUGGAGCUGUUCCGCCUGCGCUUCCACAGCCUCUCGCCGGAGGGCGUCCGCUCCUUCCUGCAGAUCAACCGCCUGGACUACUCCCCAAUCUCGGCGGAAAUGAAGGCCAGCAUAAAGGAUAAACUGUACGAGUCAACGUUCAUGUUGAGUCCGGCUCACGUGGAAACACUCGAGUUCUACCGCGUGCCCUUUACAGACGUCGUGGACUUGGUGCGUGCACGGAAGAUAUAUCUCUCUCAAGGCUCUGCAUUCGUUCCCAGCUCAGAGUUCAUCUCCGUGCUGUCGUCAGUCUUCAGAGAGAACCUAUCGCACGCCCUCGCGAUGACGGCACGCAGACUGCCAGCUCUGGAGGAAGACGAGAGGUUAUUCCGGAUGCUGAAAGGCCUCCAUCACACGUACACUGGAGACGACUAUAUCACCAGUAAGAACAAGGCGGGUGUAAGCAUCGAAGAACUUGACAGUUUGUCGCAGAAAUCGUUCCCGCUGUGCAUGCGUCACUUGCACCAACAUCUGCGUGCGAACCACCACCUGAGGCACGGUGGCAGACUGCAGUACGGUUUGUUCCUGAAGGGCAUCGGGCUCUCCUUGGAGGACGCCAUGCGCUUCUGGCGGUCAGAGUUCACCAGGAUCAUGGAUUCUGAUAAGUUUGAAAAGCAGUACGCCUACAACGUCCGGUACAACUACGGCAAGGAAGGGAAGCGCACCAACUACACCCCGUACAGCUGUCUGAAGAUCAUCAUGGAGAACGUCGGGCCGGGAGACAACCACGGCUGCCCGUUCAAGCACACGGACCUGCCCGUGCUCAAGCAGCAACUCCUGGGGUACGGCAUUCCAGUCGCAGGCAUACAGCAGAUAGCGGACUACGUGGAGCGAGGCCACUACCAGAUAGCCUGCGGCAAGUACUUUGAGCUGAGCCACGGCAUGCCAGCAGAGACCGGCGUCAACCAUCCCAACCAGUAUUUCGAACAGAGUCAGAAGAUCCUGUCGGGCUCUGCUAAUACCUUUAAGGUGGAACCAGUUGCUAAGAACGCGUCGUCAACACCCGUGGCAACCGUGGAUUUGGCAGCUGGGGAUGACAUGAUGUGGGAUGAAGAUUUUAACAUCAGUGCUUUGAAUGAGAGUGCGAGUGUUGCUCUGGAGAAAGGAGUCCCUUGAAAUACUUGAAGCAACUACUGUGUUGAGUGUUGUUCUCAGUUCAAACUACAUAUUUGAUUUUUGAGAAUUUUGCAUUUUGCAACACAUAUGACUUGGCUUUAAUUUUUUCCGGAGAAAACUGUGUCGUAAUGCCAAUUUAGUGCUCUUGAUAAGGAAAAAGAUGAUAUUUUCUGUGCCAGGCAUCAUUUAGUCAUUUUAUUUCCGUGAGAUUAAUAUUGCAAAGAAAAAAAAAGAUGUGAUGAGAAUUAUUUGGUAUAACUAUAUUUUAAACCUAGCCAAAAUAUUGAGUAGCUUAGCUCUCAAUUGUAGAUAAUUGAGUAUGUAAAUUUUUUAUUGUGAUAUUUGUAUUUUAAAGGUGCCAAAUGUUUGUUAUGAAUUUCAUCCAAAGUUUGAUUUUAAAUAAAAAGAAAAUGGAAUGGCUCUUUCUUUGUGUAAAACUAGAAAAAGUUAUUACGUAGUUCUGUCAUUCUGAAUAUGUGUUCCAUUUUUUGCUUGUGUUUGCAAAAAUAAAUUAUAAUGAACACUAUUUUAUAUAUUCCAUUGACAUUUAUUGUAAAGUAAUUGUAAUAUUUACAAUGACAAGAUAAAAUACUGUGAACAAUAUGACGUUACACCAUUUUUAUGAUGGAGGAAAGUGGUAGUGUUGAGUUUAUACUUCAGUUUUCUGUAUUCUGUAUUAUUUUUAAUAGGCAAACAGUAAAGUAUGUUCUAGCAAUUACCCUAUAAUUUAUGUUUUAGAUAGAGGAUUCAACCUAUAUUCAAGCAAUAUGUACUUUGCAAAACUGAGAAUUUUUUAAAUUUAGUAUUUGUCAAUGGGACUCUGGAAUUACUUCAAACAUUGCGUAUUUAUUUUUAAAAUAAACUUUUGGAUGUUAAUGUAAGGUCAUAAUUUUAACUGUUUGUGAUUGGAUAAAACUGUAUUUUUGAAUAAUUUUUUACACUAGUAUUUACAUGUAUCUGUUGUUAUUCCAUACUGCUUGAAAUAAUUUCUAUCUAUAAUUUCUCCAAAAAUAAUGACUAUCUGCUUUCUGCUUCAAAAGCUUUAUAUUUUCUUAACUGUGAUAUUUUUACAGAAAAUGAAAAAUUAAAAAAAUUUUGAUGGACACAAUAUUUAUCCAAAUGUUCUUUAUUGACUUAUUUUGAAUUUUACAUGUUUGGUGAUUUUCAUUGUGAACUGAAAAAUACACACACUAAAUGAAUCAUGGUAAAUUUUGAAAUUAUUGUGAACAAAUUUACUCAAGGUUUCGUUACUGGUCCCUCCAUGUACAAAGAUAUGUGCUUUUUUUUAAACAAACUGUAAAGUAUUACAAUUCAGGGUAUUGAUAUAACGGAGUUAGGAAUGUGCAAGAGAAGCCAUAAUUUGAAAUCACUAAAGCUGCUGAGUUAGUCAGUUUUGCUACUGCCUCUGCUGUUGGCUAAAAAUGUUUGUGUGAUCACCUAAGAACAAACAUGCUAUCACUCUUAUCAGCUGAAUUUGGAAAUAGAAUAAAAUGUUUUAAGAUAUUUAGAGGUUAUUGUGACAAUAAUGAGGUUAACAUCUGUUUAGUAUACCUAAUUUAAUUACACUUACUAUUGCGUUAAUCCAAAAUAUUGUAAUUCAUUUAUUGUCUAUUUGUGAUUGACUUUCAGCGGUACACAUUUUACAGUACAGAUGUUAUCUGUGUAGUAAAUUUUCUAUAAAUAUUACUUCAGAUAUGCAACACCAUGUGUGCUGCUUUGAUUGUCUGGUGUAGUAUUGGCAAUGUGCAAUUGUCGUCAUAGUUAAGUAGUAAGUCAUGCUGUUUCAGCAUGGAAUUAGUGUAUAUGGUAUUCCCAGUGUUUUUAUUUGUAACAACUAUGUGGCCUUGCUUUUGGAGCAGCAGCAGCAUAAUUCCAAUGCUUCACAUGAUUUUGCUUGGGGAACAUGGAUAUUGGCCACAUCUUGAUUUAUCUUGAUUGAGAGAGAGGUACAAAUUGCAAUCCACUGGAAUUAGAAAAUUUAUAGUUCUCAUGCUUUUUACUGGGUUGGAGGUCAUAGUUCAUGAGCUUGUGUAUCACAAGUUAAUAGGUAGUGUAAACAAAUUUUUGAGUGACCAAGUUUUCAAUACAUUUCAUUAGAUGCAUACUUAAGUUCGUAAAUGUCACGGUAGUUUAGUACGUAGUGAGAUCUCUUGCCUUCCACCAAGAUCUGAUCUGGGUUUGAGUCGUAGCAGCUUCAAGCCUGGAUUAUUCAUGUUUUAAAAUGGUUGAAACGUUGAAAGUUUGAAUCACCCUAGUAAAUCUAUUUGUCACUGCAUAAAACAAAAUAUUGCAGAAGCUUGUAGUGAAGUACAUAUCAGUGUUUUAAGUUGCAUAGAAAAACCACCAUGGCAGCUUGUGUACAGGCUUGGAUGGCAGUUCUGGUGGAAUCUUUUACUGGAAGUUAGUGCUGUACUUUCGUGCAGACUUAAAUAAAAAAUUUGGAUGUGAUAAAAAAAUUUGACUGUAUUAAAUACAUGGCAGGAAAGUAUAUUUAUAAGUGAUUUGAGACUAAUAAUUUUGAUAAUCAGCAUAAAUGGAGUUUUAAAUAAUCUUAUAUACAUAUUGACUUUUGAAGUAGGUUUUUUCGUUUUUUGUAACAAUAGUUCUUAAGUGAAAUCUGAUUUUACCAAACAAUUAAUUUUAAGAGUUACUUUUAUUCAUAAUUUAAUAGUUCAUUACAUAAUUGGUUUUAUUUUCAUUCAUGGCUCUGUGUUGUCUUGGUUUCUAAGAAAAGUUAAAAUCUUUAACUUUUUAUGGUUCAAAAUUUUCAACUAUUAAAUAAUAAAACAGCUUUAAUAGUUUCUUUAUAAAUAACAUUUAUGAGAAAGUUUGUAUCUUUUUACAUUACAUGUCUUUUUGAAUAAUAUUAUAGAGUACCAAAA